GGGACGGCACAGGUGCAGAACGUGACUCAGGGAGUGAUCCUGGCGGGGGACUCCCUGGUGCUGCAGAAGGUGGGGCGCCGCCAGGCGGGGCAGUACACCUGCUCCGCCACCAACACCAUCACCACCGCCACCAGCGACCCCGUCACCCUCAGGAUCAAGUACACACCCGAGUGCCUCACUUCCCACACUACCUACUUCAUCUACGACAAGCCCAUCAACAUCACCUGCACCGUCUCCUCCUACCCGGCCGUCAACACUAUCCAGUGGCAGUGGAACAACAGUCACGAGGUUAUCGUCACUCAGCCUGAGGGCGAGAGCCAGGACCGGGCUUCUUCGCAGCUGACGGUGCAGCCUGUGGUCAGCCCGGAGGACCGGGCUCUCUCCUGCUGGGCCGUCAACGAGAUGGGCAAGCAGGCACAGCCUUGUAGCUUCUCCGUCAAGGUCGCGAAGAUGCCGCUUCCACUAUCAUCAUGCAGACUUGCCAACAUCACAGAUUCCUCCCUCAGUCUCUCCUGCCAGAGGCCAGACGUCGCCGCCGCCGGCACCACACUCUACAGAGCCGAGGUGUACUUCGAGAAUCGAACACUCUUCGCCAACGUGACGUCCCACCGUCCCAACUUCAACGUGAGUCGCCUGGACGCUGAAACAAGUUACCAGAUCAAGGUGUAUGUUACCCACGGCCCCGUCACCUCCCAGCCUGUAGUGGUGUCUGCCUACACCUCCAGGACCUCCAGGACUGCUACAGGAAAUCCAAACAGCAAAGACAGCGGGAGUCCGGUGGGCGGGGCGGUGGGCGGUCUGGUGGUGACGGUGGUGGUGCUGGUGGGCGUGGUGGUAGGGAGGAACUACUGCCGGAGACGCAGAGGUAGGCCGAAGCAGGAUCCUCGUCCGCCGUCCGACGACAGCAACCCCGACGUUGUACCUAAUAUAG